AUGUCGUUGAUGUCGAGAACAACAAUGACAACAACAACAACAACACCAUCAUCAUCAUCGACGAUAGCAAAAAGAAUGCGUUCGUGCUCUUCGUCUUCGAGCAACAAAAGCGAUGGAGGAUGUUUUGAAACUCACAGAUCGCGACGACAUCGUUUUCGUCAACAUCAUCGUCAUCAUCAUCCAACGGCGGACAGAGGAGAAACGAGAAGAGGAGUGCGAACAAAAGCAUCGUCGUCACCACCGUCGUCUCCGAAACCAAACCCGAAUCAGAUGCUCAUAUACGUCCCCCCGCACCCUUUGUUAAAGCACUGGCUCGCGGUGGCGAGAAACGCGGCGUCUCCGUCCGCACUUUUUCGAUCCGCCAUGGCGGAGAUUGGGAAAAUUUUACUCUACGAACUCUCGCGAGACUGGUUGGAGACGUACGAGGCGCAAGUGCAAGGCCCGCUCGCGGUGGCGAACGUGGAAGUGGUCGACCCGACGAAACCGAUAUCGAUCGUGCCAAUAUUGAGAGCCGGGUUGACUUUGGUGGAGAAAGCGCACGAGGUUUUACCGACGACGAAAACGUACCAUCUCGGGUACGCGCGAGACGAGAAAACGUUAGAGGCGACGAAGUAUUUGGACAAGUUACCCAAAGCCGGGUUCUCGAAGGAAGAUAAGGUUUUGAUUUCGGAUCCGAUGUUAGCGACUGGUGGGACAAUAGUCAGAGCCGUUCGAGACGUUCUGGAUAAAGGCGCGGACGUGAAGAACGUGCGAGUGAUGUGUUGCGUCGCCGCGCCGCCGGCGCUGACAAAGUUGAGCGAAACCUUUCCCGGAUUGGUCGUGUACGCCGCCAUGAUCGACGAGAAUAUCACCGAGGAAGGAUUCAUCCUCCCCGGGUUAGGGGAUGCCGGAGACAGAGCGUUUGGAACCACUGAUGAUUAA